CGCGGCCCCAGCAACCAGCGAACACCGAGGCGGAGGGUGAGCCGGCCACCAGCUACCGUUACCGUGGUUACGCCAACAACGCCUUCCACCCGGGCCGCUACUUCCGCACCAACCACUCCUACCAGCAGCGCCGAUGGCCCGGCACGUUCGGCAACCAGCGAGCAGGCGGCGCCUACGGCAGCACAGGGGCGGCCCCCGGGGCGCAGUCCGACAACGCCCCUGGAAAACCCAAAGUGAUCACCAUCGUCAGGAGCGGGCCUCGUCCCCGCCACAACGUGAAGAUCUUGCUCAACCGGCGCAGCGUGCAGUCGUACGAGCAGCUGGUCUCGGACAUUUCGGAGGCUUUCGGCCCUCGGUACCGCCUGAACAAGGUCCGCAAGCUGGUGUCAGUGAGGGGCAGAGAGGUCCAGGGUGUCUCAGAUUUCUUCCGCGAUGACGACUGUUUUAUAGCGCUGGGCGUAGGCGAGGUGGCAGUUUCCGAUGCGGAUGUGGCGGAUAUUCUGGAAGAGCUGUACCCGGAUCAGCAGCAGGCGCGGGCGCUGUUGAAGGACUGGGAGAGGAAUCAACGGAGGAGGAGGAAAGGCGCUAGUCCCACGGGUCAGUCUGUCAAGUCUCAGAACCAGGUGGGGGGCAAAGGUCACCUCACGUCCGAGGUACCGGAUAAACGGGACAGCGGAUUCGAUUCCAGUGAUGCGAGUACGAAUCGGUCGGAACCGGAUCAUGGUGGCGCCGGAAGGGGAGGGCUUGUGGCGUACCGGUCACGGAGAAAGGCUGGGAAGGAUAGAGAGAACGAGAAGGAUAAAGAGAAUCAGUCUGAGGAAGGUGGCUCCCCUCCCCCGCACGGGUAUUAUCUCAUGAGGAAGUUGGAGAGGGACAGAAUGAAGGCGGCGGCAGAUGAGAGGGAGAGGGCCAAGAGGAGACAGCAGAAGAUGGUGGAGGCGGAGAGGAGGGCCAUAGAUGAGGAGAGGAGGAAGAGGGGUUUGAUUCCUCUCAAAAACAUCGACAAUCCGUUCAAGAAAAGUGACGACGCUAGAGAGAAGGAGCGGGAGGAUGCAAAGAAGAGGAAAGAAGAGGAGAAGAGAAAGAAGGAAGAGGAGAAGGAGAAGGCGGAAGUGGAGAGGAAGCAGAAGGAGGAGAGGGAUGCGGCGGAGACCGCAGCAAGAGAGAGAAUGGCAAAGGCAGAGAAAGAGGAGAAGGAGAAACAGGAGAGAGAGAAGGCAGAUAAGGAGAAGCAGGAGAAGGAGAGAAAAGAGAAGGAGAAGGCUGAGCGGGAGCAGAAGAAGAAGGCGGAGAGAGAGGACAGGUCGCAUAGGAAAGGGGAGAAAGCCGCCGCUGCAUCCAAGUCGAAGGAGAAACAGGGCGAGGACGCUACUGCCGCCACCACCGCUGCUGCAGCAGGUUCGAAAAUCACCAAUGCCGAAGCCGAUAACGCCGAGAAGCCCGAAACCAAGCCGGCAGCGGGGCAGGACGCGAAGAACUCCGAGGCUCAGGAUGACAAGCAGGAGGUGGCUCCGACAGCACCUGCGGCGACAGACAUGGCCGACACUGCUGUUGCUGCUGUUCCUCCUGCUGAAACCAAAGACAGCAACAACAACAAUAACAAACAACAACAGCAGCAGCAGAAGGAGAAGCGUAAGCAGGAGCGCGAGGAGAAACCACAACGAAAACGCGCCAAAACGAAGAUCGUCCGUCGCACGAAAGAGGAGCGUCAAGUCAGCAGUGACGAUUUCAUUUUGGCGCGCUAUGAACUUGGCCGGAAGUUAGGGGACGGCAACUUCGCCGUCGUGCGUCAGUCCCGAAAGAAAGAAACUGGCCAGGAAUUCGCGGUAAAGGUCAUAGACAAGGCCAAGUUGAAGGGCAAAGAGCAUAUGGUGGAGAACGAAAUAGACAUCAUGAAAGACUGCAGUCAUCAGAACAUUGUGAGGCUUUACGAGGAGUAUGAGACGGUUGAAAGGAUAUACCUGGUCAUGGAACUCGUGAAGGUUCACCGUAACAAGGACGGCAGCAUCACCCUGAAGCUGGCAGAUUUUGGCCUGGCCAUGGAAGUGAAGGAGCUCAUCUAUACCGUGUGUGGCACCCCGACCUAUGUGGCGCCCGAGAUUCUCACUGAGAUAGGUUACGGGCUGGAGGUGGACAUGUGGGCAGUGGGAGUCAUCACCUACAUCCUACUGUGUGGUUUCCCGCCUUUUCGGUCCCCAGAUAGGAACCAGACAGAGCUGUUUGAGUUCAUCAAGGCGGGGGAGUACGAAUUUCUCUCCCCUUACUGGGAUAACACAUCCAAGAGUGCCAAAGACCUCAUCAGCCGGCUUCUCAUCGUAGACAGGAGAAAGCGCUACAAUGCCGUGGAUGUGCUGUCUCACCGCUGGGUGGUGUGUAAGGGCCAGACAGAGGUGCUGCCCGAGGGCUCUGUGACGGUGGACAUGGCGUGUCGCGACAUGAGGCAGGACCUGGAGACACAGGCCAGGCAGAACUACCAGAGCUACCAGCGGCUGAAGGAGAAGAAAAGACGGGAGAGAGAUAAAGGGGAGGAGGAGUGAUGCACAAGUGAUGAGGACAGAGGAGUGAGGGAGGGGUAGUGAAGGAGAGAGAUAAUGGUGAGGGGUGGUGAGGGAGGAGUGACAGGAGAGGAGGGACAAGGAGGAGGAGGAGGAGGGUCAGAAGAAUGGUGAAAGAUACAGAGAUUUAAGCCAUUAGGAAAGGUGACCCAAACUAAACAAAUACUCUUAGUUUAUUGAAAAGAGACAAUGUGGGCUCUAAGAAACUAUCAGACCCGCCCGCUUUCCUUGAUUGUCCUUGCUCUCGUCACCACUUCCUUCCUUCCUUCCCCCUUUCCCCCUUCCUAUAGCCUCUACCCUAUUCCUUCUUUUUGCCUUUUCACCUUUCUCCAACCACCUCCCCCUACUGACGUUGUGCAAAUAAUACAGAUACCUCCUUUGUAGAAGGAUAGUUAACGAGCUUUCAAACUUAGAUUCAUAAUGGGGGAGAGUUUUCCUCUUCUUUCGCAUAAAAAGUUGUCAGCUCCGUCGAUUUCUCUCUACCAAAUACCUUCACUUUCUUUCGCAACACCCUGCCCAGAUCCUUCGCCCCAGUAAUUCCCUUGUCUUUUUCGAAAUGUCAGUCUUGUUGUGUACUGUCUUUGGUAGUACGUACUCUGAUUGUGUCAUGCCGUCAGGUAGGACUUACAUUUUUGGAGGAGAUAAAUUGCAUUAUACCAUCUCCCCAGAAUGACAGGGAUAGCAUGAUAUUCUAUCUUGGAAACGACCAUUUAUAGUGUUUUAAAGAGGUCACUCAUAAUACAGAGGAUUUAGGGCCCACCGUUUACUCAGCUGGUAUUGUGCUGGGCUAUUGCGUAUUUGACCCUGAUUCUAAUCGGCAUCGGGAUGUUCUUGAAAUUUGGGUUAUUGGUAGAAUUUCUAAAGUUCUCCAGACGUUACGUUUGGAGGUUCCCACCUCCUGAAUAACCUUACAGCUCUAUACCAAACGUUAAACCCUCACCACAUCUAUCGGGAACAGAGGCAUUAUACCCUCACCACAUCUAUCGGGAACAGAGGCAUUAUGGUCUGUGUCUCUGAGAGUCGUAGCCUUUUCCUUUGAACCUUGUUCUUAUUUUUCUGUUUCAUGGUCACAAACUGCUGACACACGGUAGAUAUAAAGCCUGUACAUAAUAAUCUCUGGCUGAGAGCCAGAGGAGACCAAAUUCCUUGUAGAAUUCUUAUGGCAAGGUGAAGACAGGGAAUCCUUGGACAUGGACACAUCACAAGUCCUAGUAGUAGCAAAACUAUGUGGUGGAUUGAUUUGGUACUUGCAGGCAAGAUGGAAUUUCAUGUAAAUGCUUCAAUUUACAGACAUGAUGGAAUGUCGUAUAAAUGCCUCAAUUUUGCUAUUUUUGACAUUUGGCCAAAAUGGACAUUGUCUCUUCUGGCUCUCAGUCGACUAUAUAUAUGUUGACGAUUGGUCAAGUUGUUGAUAUUUUGAUUUGUCUCAUUCUUCUAUAAUUCCAAGCUGUUGCUACAAGAUUUAGUUCUUACUUUGUCAUUAAUCUUUGCUUGUAUUUGAUUUCUUGUAAUGAAAGUGAGCCACAAUAUCAUCUCUGUCCCCUUGUCACCUUCCCUUUGUCAAUGAUUCAUCCUGAUUUUCCGGUAGUACGUGUUCUGGGCAACACAGAGAAGUUUGUUUGGAGUGGUAUUUGUUUUUUUAAGUCACACAAACUGCUGUCAUUCUCGUUGAAUACACAUGGUAGAAAGGUUAUCACCUGCAUCUUUCGUUUGCUUGGAAGCCUAUCAGUAUGAAGUAUUAAUUUGUGAGAAAGAAGCUGCACAGUUGUUGCAAUAAGUGAAAUUUUCAUGCUGUCAGCUUAUACUCUCUUUACUUUUUUAUCACUUGAUCUUAUUGCAUAUUCGUUUUUUACUUUGAAAUUAUUCAUAUAUUGCAAAACCGAAUGUUGGCUUAAAGACUUCUUAUUCUGUUUGGAGUAUUUAUAAUUUCAAACUGCACUAUAAUUUUUCAACGUACCCUUGCCCUUUUAGAGGGUUUGUUUUUCAGAGAAAAGUUCUCUUUGCAUAUUUGUGGUCACAGAACAUAUUCAUGUGACUGCCUUGUGCCAUGGUGUAUGGUUACAAGUUUAAUUCUUGCUUGAGUUUGAUUUUUUUUUUGAGUGCCUCCUGCAUAGAUGUUUCCCUCGAAACUCGAAUUAAGCAUUGACCGGAAGGCUUCAAAUUACUCUCCUUCUCAGUGAUACAAAUAGUGUUGAUAGGGGUUUAAAACAUUACGGAUAAAUUAAUCUAGGGCCUGGCAGUGUAGAGAUGUGGGUGCUCCGUCUGCUCAAUUGGUAUCAAGCUGGACUAUGGAGCGGAAGGCCCUGGUUCAAAUUCCAGAUUGAGUGUUCUUGAACAGGAGUCAUUCUGUGGUGAUUUCAAGGCUUUCAACUCAUUUGGCUCUGUCCUAUCUGAGAUUGAUGUUAAAUUCGGAGGGCUCGUUUCUUAAAUAACUUAAUAGUAUUGAUAGAGCUGUUGAACCUGAACACUUGCUUUUAGUAGUGUAGGGAUGAAGACCUUGUUUGGAUUUUUGUUGCUCAUGUGUGUGUGUGUGUGUGUGUGUGUGUGUGUGUGUGUGUGUGU